CAAGGAAAUAAAUGUUGCUAGAGCCCUGCUUGAAUGCAGGUGUUAUAGUCAAACAAAAAGACAUGAAGAAGGAUCGUUUCUCUAGUAAAAGGUAAAUGCUGCCAUGAAAACCUUUGGCAGGAACAAUGAAUCCUGGUGCAGAGCUACCUCCAAGAGCUAGAUCUGCACUCCUCUACAAGAUUCAGGAACCAGCCUGUACCAGUCAGAUCUCACCACUUCCCCUGAACCAGACCAGCAUGGCAGAGCUUCAGCUGCAGGUGGACUUCUUUCGUAAACUGGGCUACUUGCCUAAGCAGAUCCAGGCGGCCAUGGUGAAGCUGGGCAUGGGCACAGACACCAACGCGGUGCUGGCGGAGCUGGUGAGGACCAGGGCCUCCAGGAGCCCCACCCCAGAAAGGGACACUGUGGCUGAGGUCGGUGAGCUGAGGAGCCCUGGGAAGGCCACCCAGCCUCUGGUAACAAAAGAGAAGGAAGAGGACGAAGUGCCAGAAAAUGAACUCAAACCUAUUGUUAUUGAUGGAAGCAAUGUCGCCAUGAGUCAUGGGAACAAGGAAGUUUUUUCAUGCAGGGGAAUUGAGCUGGCUGUCAACUACUUCCUCAAGCGGGGACACAAAAAGAUCACGGUAUUCGUGCCCUCCUGGAGGAAGGAACAACCCAGACCUGAUGUGCCAAUCUCAGAUCAGCACAUCCUAAGCAAACUGGAGAAGCAGAAGAUUGUGGUGUUCACUCCAUCAAGGCGUGUAGGGGGCAAACGAGUGGUCUGCUACGAUGACCGCUUCAUUGUGAAGCUGGCCCAUGAACUGGACGGUGUAAUCGUCUCCAACGACACUUAUCGUGACCUGCAGAGUGAGAAGCCAGAAUGGAAGCGUUGCAUUGAGGAGCGACUGCUCAUGUACUCUUUCGUCAACGACAAGUUUAUGCCCCCUGAUGACCCUCUCGGUCGCCAUGGUCCCAAUCUUGACAACUUCCUAAGGAAGAAGCCGAUACUGCCAGAGAACAAACGUCAGCUUUGCCCUUAUGGAAAGAAGUGCACUUAUGGCAUGAAGUGCAAGUUCCACCAUCCGGAGCGUGCCAACCAAUCCCAGCGAGCGCUGGCAGACGAGCUGCGGGAGAAUGCCAGACUCACCACCACCCAGAAGGAGGGUGGCAGAGGUGCCAGUCUGACACAAAGGGGGAGCCCUACAUUUGGGACGAGCACAGCUAGAGAAUGUGCUGCAGUUUCUGGCACAAGUCUUUUUUCCGGAACGAGCUCCCCCUCGCUGGAGCAGCAGCUGCAGUACUCCCUCACCCUUGACCCCUGCGGGCGGCCCCUCCUCAAGGGUCAUGGAGGUGAGAAGCACUGGUGGGAUGGAGCAGCUUCUAGCAGAACGCUGUCCUCCAACAGCAGCAGCUCCAGUGGUGGCCACUCAGUACCGGAGUGGACCAGCCUGCUUUCCCCCUUCGCCACUGACCCGGCCUCUGUCUUCAGUGCAGACUCAGGCCUGGGUUCAGACACCAGCACCAACACCAACCACCACCACCAGCAGCAACACCACCAGCAGCAACACCACCAGCACCAGCAGUACCAGCACCAGCAGCACCCUAAGGACAUAUGCUGUGGCCAGGCCAGGCUCCCAAGCCUUCUGGAAGCACCUUCUGACUGUUUGGCCUGCUGCCCCCACAUGGCUGCCCCGCCGCCACCACUGCCGCACCUCCUGCAGUCCUGCUACUCCAGUCCAGUUGGUUGUCCUCCAUACCACCCCACCUGCAGGUAUGAGCCCCCUCAGUAUCCUCAGCCUUCCCAUAUGCACCACAACAGCCUACCCAGCAACAUCCAGCUCGGAGAAGGAGGAGGAGGAGGAGGAGGAGGAGGACAGGUAGGCCGAGGCCAGAAGAGCUGCUGGUCAGAAUCCCUGCUGUGGUUGCCGGGGGGCGUACUGAGCCCUUGCAGUCUUCCAGAGGCCAGGCGUCUGGCUAGCCUCGCAGGGCCUGCUCACUGCUACCAGCACCAGCUGCAGGUGUGGCCCGAAGCUUACGCCGGCCCGCCAGCGCAAGCACAGCCACCGCCGGUCAGCUUGGACCCAGAGAGGGAGGAGAUGCGCAAGAAGCUGCACGCCAUUUUCAACCCGUACCAGGUGGACCGAGUCAUGAGCAUGCACCCGCACCUGAAGGAUGCCCAGAGACUGGCGGCGGAGAUUCUCACCCUCAAGUCAAAAGGAGAAAUGCUCUAAGGAAGACUUCACUGCCACUUUUCUAUUUUCUGUCUUUUUUUCACUAUUCUAUCUAUUUUUUAUUUUCCUUUCCCAUGGCACUACAAAGUAUUUGUGGCCAAAUACACCAAAGAACCAAGGUCCAAUGUGACACAAAGACUACUAGAACUACGGUAUGAGUAUUUCUUUAUGUUGGGCUUUUCAGCCCAGGUGAUCUCAGUAGCCAUCAGUCUUUGGCAAGUAAUGUUAUAUGAUCAUUAUAUGCCAUUUCUUUGUUUGUCUAAUUGAACAGUAAAGUGGUCUUUUUUGUAAAGACUAUUGUGCACACUUGCCUUAUAAAUUUGCCUUUGCACUUGGUAUGAUAACUGUGUAGCGAGUAGCAAGGGCUGAAUUGUUGAUACAUAUUGUAUCUUGUCGGGUAUGAAUUGUAUUUUAAAGUACAAGGCAUUCAAAGUCAACAAAUAAACAUGUACUGUCAUAAAUGAACAUGUAAAAAUCAUGUUAUACAUAUCCAAAUAGCACUUAACUACUUAGGGAUGAAUUCUCCCAUGUGCGUAAGGGUGCGUAAGUAAAAAAAAAAGUGUGUAACUAAGCGCUUUUUAGCCUGCAGGAAUUCUCCCCUUUACUUAAAUCUGUCAUUUGCGCGAUGGAGGGAGUUACACGUUUUAGGAGGAGCAACCCCAAAAUCUGCACUCUUAAAAUGAAUGUGUUGUCCCUAUCUGGACACAAGAGAAUGUGUUAAAAAAAACUAUGCAAGUUGUGUUGUUUUCAACUCAUGUUGUGGAACACAUAAAAAAGGAGACAACACAAACUGUGUUGUCCCUAUCUGGACACAGAUAUGUGUUAAAAACAACGCAAGUUGUGUUGUUUUCCACACAUUCGUUUUAAGAGUGUGGGCGUUUCUUAUCUAUACAACUCUUGCGCGCAUUCUGCCACUGACUUAAACACCUUUUCAGCUACGUGCUCCUGAGGGCUGUAUUAAGGUCGAGGGCCACUACAAGGUGAAACAGCAUAUUGCUCGAUGUCGGCUCGAUUUACACGUGAAUGGGAGAAUUCGCCCCUUUGUGGCUAAUGUGGUGCUGGUUGUUGGUAUGGUGUUAUGUAUACACCAAACAGGAUUUACAUCACACACACUUUUCUCAAGUUGAAAUGUGAUAUCUAUUUGAAACUGAACAAAUAUUUUACUUAAUUAUAGAAUAGUAUAAAUAAAUCCUGAGUUUUAUUUCUGUCUCCUAUUUUUCUGACACUUCUGGGCAGAGAAAAUAUUCAGGGAAUGGACUUUUUAGACAGUCUUAAUUUUAAUAAUUUGUCUUACCAUUUCUCACUUUUUAUAGCCAUGAUAUGAUGGCACAUUUUAAGUGUGUGUGUUAGUAAGCAUCAAUACAGUGUACUGUAUUUACAAAAUAAUCCUUGUUAAACAAAGUUCUCACGCAUAAGGUUAUGACUGUAUGACUUGAAUAAGUUCUCUGGAAUGCACUGUAUGUGCACUAUCAAAA